UUUAGUAAUGAGAAUGCAUCAUUCAGCUUCCACAGGUUCCACAACAGCAUCUUCAAUUACAGGGGCAUCAUAUUCACAAAAUAAUAACAAUAAUAAUAACCAACUAUAUUCAAUACCUCAAUCCUCCUCCUCUUCAUUAUUUAGUAAAGUCCCAAAAAGUAUUUCUGGCAAUUUCGAAUCAUUAACAUCCCCACCAAUUUCACAAUCAACUUCAGCAUUUGUCCCGCUACAGUUACACCUUGUAACUGAACGUCAAACAGGUUUUAAUUAAAUAAAGAAAAAUAUUUUUUGGAAUUAAUUUCAACUUAAUAAAUAACAUUUUAAAGAGAAAACUGAGUGAAGAAAUUUAUACUACUUGAAUAUAAAAUAAAUAAACAAAAAUGUUAUGCUAGCUAAAUAAUUUAAAAAAGUGUUAGUUUGGAUACGGGAGAGGUGAUAGGAGGAGGUAGUAGAGGCCAAAAAUAAAGUUGCUUAAAUGACUGUAGGGGAAUUGUUUGGAUGUUAGGAGAAUACCCAAAUUGUUACGGGAGGGGAGGUAAAGUGAAUGUUUAGGGGAGUUUUUUUCUAUUCUCUGAAUAUGGUAAAA